GAGCGCUCUUAGCCGACAUGCUAAUUAGUGGGUGUAAAGGAAACUUAACCGUUUAUUUCGUACUAUUGCGUGGUGGUAUAUUGUAACGUGUUUUUAUUUUCGUGCCGCACAUUUAAGUGUUUACGGGAAUGCGGUAGUUAGCAGCAUUCGAAUUCGGCCAAGAAGUCGCCAGAGCUGGAGUAACUUGCACACGGGGGUUUGGGAAGGUAGUGCAAUGCGCAUGCAGCCGGUUUGCACAUCAUGCCAAGCCGCGGAUGCGGUGAUGCCGGAGAGGCCCAUUAAAUGGAAUUGAAGGGGAAAAAAUGCUCUUCUCAAGGCGAAAUUAUGUCCUAGAUAGAUUACGGUGCCCACGUUCUGCUGCUGAGGAGAGAGCACCACGAUGAGGAGACAGUAGGCACCCACCAUAGUAUGGCCGCGUCCCGCUCUUCGCGCGUCACAAGAUCAUCAGUGGGGAUAAAUGGAUUGGAUGAGAACUUUUGUGGUCGAACUCUCAGGAAUCGCAGCAUCGCCCAGCCAGAAGAGAGCUCUUCACCUCCUGCGCCCAGAGCCCGCUCGCCCAAAAAGAAACAGGACUGUCAGCAGCACCAGCAGGCUGGAGCGCAGGUCGGAAAGGUAGUCGAGAACAAGGCGGAAAGUGAGCCCUUGCCCCCCUGCGGAAAGCGGGGCUUGCCAAGUUCUGAGAAAGACGUGUCUGAGAAAUCGGACAACUGUGAACGAUCAAGGGCUGGGGGUGGGCCAGAAGCCUCCCCGGCCCUGAAGAGGGCCAAGCGGUGCUCUCGCUCAGGUGAAACGCACGGAGUAGAGGAAGAACCUUUUCUGAAACCAGACAGCCCUGGUUCUGCUGCAUCAAAGGAAAAUGACGAGGUCACGAAAUCAAUUCCUCCGCUUAGCCUUGACAAUGAAGCGGACAGCCCAGCAGAGGACAUCGUUCCUCCACUGCAGGCCAGUGAAAACGUCAAGGCCACAAAUGGCCUCGCCGAACUCUAUAAGGAGAACUCUGAAGUUGCAGCCUUACCUGCAGAGCCCUGUGCCUCCUCUGCCACGCUCAACAACAAUCCCUCACUGUUAAAUGGCAGCCAGGCUGUGCCCACAUCCCCUGACCCUAUUGUGCCUUGUAGAUCCCUUCAUCCCAAGCAAGCCAAUGAGUCCGACAGCCCUCAGAUUGACUGUGAGAGGAACUGCACGGCGGAAGAAGCCGCUGAGGCUGUCCUGUUCCGGGAACCCGAGAUGGAAGUGGAGGUGGACGUCGUGGGGGACACCAGCCAGGUCCAGGAUGAGCUCACGAGGGAGGAGAGCACCAACGGCAGCUUUCAGGCUGAGCCGCAGGACCCUUCUGACGACUGCUCGAAUAUCUCAGGAGAAACGGUGGCGGUGGCUUCCUCCCAGCUGCCCGCGGAGCCCCCCUCCUUCACAGAGCCUCAAGAACACAGAUACACCCUGAGGACUUCACCACGCCGCGCUGCCUGUGGUAGUGGGCUCAAAGCCAGCUCCCCCAAACCCGGUUCCCCGCACAUAGACAAUGGUUCACUGAAGGAAGAGGCCGCACUGGUUUCUCUUUUCUCAGAGGACACCCGCCAUAAUGAUCCUACCCAUGAUGCACUGGGGCUUUCUAGCGAGGCAGACAGUGAACUCUCAGAGAAAGCAGGGGUCAGUGGAGAAGUGGAAGGUUCGGAUAGUAAAGCAUCCAGAUCCACCAAAGAGCUGUUGGCCAGUCAGGUUGAGGACGAUGAGGAGGAAGAGGAGGAUCCAGAUGUCUACUAUUUUGAGUCUGAUCAUUUGGCUCUCAAACACAACAAAGAUUAUCAGAGGUUGCUCCAGACCAUCAGUGUCUUGGAGGCCCAGCGAACCCAAGCCAUCAUGGACCUGGAGACGCUGGCACGGCAUCAGAAGCAGGCACUGACCGACCCCAUCACCUUUGUGGACCAGCUACAGAAACAGGUGGAGAUGGGACUGCCUCGUCCACAGAGAGUGGUCCAGCUCCCAGACAUUGCAUGGGACCAAUACACCUCAGGAUGUGGCAAUUUUGAAAGGGAGUUUUGUGACAAAAAACGCAAAACACGACGGUUGAAGUUAAUCUUUGAUAAAGUUGGCUUGCCUGCUCGACCAAAAAGUCCUGUGGAUACCAAGAAGGAAGUCGAUUCAUCAUCCAUAUACACAUCUUCCCUACCAUCAAGUGACGGCCCUGAACACAGCAUGACUAGUAGCAGAGCUCAGAUGAUCAGAGGGAGGCUGUGUAACCAGAACAAACCUGACACCUUUAACCAGCUUUGGACUAUUGAAGAGCAGAAAAAAUUGGAGCAGCUGCUUUUAAAGUUUCCACCAGAGGAGGUUGAGUCUAAACGUUGGCAAAAGAUUGCGGAUGAACUUGGCAACAGGACCGCCAAACAGGUUGCCAGCAGGGUACAGAAAUACUUCAUCAAACUGACAAAAGCUGGUAUUCCAGUACCAGGAAGGACACCCAAUGUGUGCAUGUACAGCAAAAAGGCCUCCGGUAAGCGGCAGCACCACCUCAAUAAACACUUGUACAGGCCGUCAACGUUCCUCACUUCGUACGAGCCACCCGUAUACAUGGAUGACGAGGAUGAACGUUCGUACUUCUUUAACAGCCUACAGGACAAUGGUGCAGAUGAUUCAGAUGAGGACGGGGUACCUGUGGAGCUGCGACAUCUGCCAGAAUACAAGGAGCUGCUGGAGCUAAAGAAACUGAAGAAACAGAAACUACAAGAGAUCCAGGCUGAGAGCGCUCUCACGCAACACUUUGGCUAUAAGUGUGACGUGUGUGGCAUGGAGCCCAUCCAGGGUGUGCGGUGGCAUUGCCAGGACUGCCCGCAGGACCACGCUGUGGACUUCUGCAGUACCUGCUCUGACUGUCUUUAUAAAACGGAGACCCACAAGCCCACACACAGGCUGGAGCCGGUCUACCAGGCCGAAACCUUUCUGGACAAAGACUACUGCUUACCGCAGAGCACAGGCUACAACUACCUGGACCCCAACUACUUCCCUGCCAACAGAUGACAGGGACGAGCUCCAGUGCUAAUAUCCAGGGCUGGGCUGCAGUUCCCAGGGCAUUCUGUGCAUGGCUCCAUCAUCCAAGUCAAAGAAAUGCUUCAGUACGGGCAGGAGGGUACCGCAGAUGGGCUGCACAUCACCCUGACCCACUGUUGGAGGGGGGGUGGGUUCGUGGGAGGGAGGGGGAAGCACCCUGCCACGGUUGUCAAACCUUACCGGGUCUCCUCGAGUAACACACUAUCUUGAAGAAAAAAGGAAAGGCACACCGACAUUCCCAAUCCCAGGACAUUUCGAAGGCAACCCGACUUCUCCCUUUUUGAGCGCCGGAUGUCAGGUCUCUCGGACCAGCGGUCGAACUUUGACGGCGACGGAUUCAUCGGCGGGGAUGGGGUUGGGCUUGCGUUAAAGUGCAAAGUGACGUCUGUAGUUGAAAUAUUUAUAAGUGAAGCUUUGUGUGUGAGCUCUUUUUUCGUGAGUAAGGAACUUGGUGCUGAGACUGUCGUCUUUGAUUCAUGCCAGGUUUUCAACCAAUUGUGAGGUUCGCUCACAAUUCAGAUGUUCGGGAGGGGGGAAAUCCCAGCUGACUGACCCCGUACGUGUCUCUCGCCAUGGGCUACCGAUUUCACUAGAAGCUGCUCUUUGUUUCCUCUUACGACCAUUACAUGAUGUUGUCACUUUAUUUACGUUAACUUCUCGUUUUUUUAUUUUUUAAACGCUGAAUAAAACUCACUCCACUUAAACCCUACCUAUAAUAAGCACUACAGCACGAAGAAGACCAGCUGAGAUUCGGAAGGCGUCAUUGCGCUCUCUACAGCCGUAGAGAGUUUUCUUUUUUCUCAAUGUGUACUGUUGUUGACCAUGUGGAGUAUACAAAUAUAUGGUGAAAAGUAGCCAGUGGUAGUUGCCGUGUGCCAUUUUUUUCCCUGUCCAGUUGAUUUAAACUCGGCCACUUGUUUUAGAAGAAGAGAAAAUAAAGAACUGGUGGCACAGUUGCCCUCUGUGGAAAAACUGCCCAACCGUCGUCACGCCUUUAGAUCCCUUUCUAAUUUUCGCAGUUUCCUCACGGUCCAUGAAAAGAUUGUAUUUUUAUUAAUCUAUUUAAAAAAAGAUAACAGAUAAAAAAAUCAAGUUGGUGGGAGUCGCUGCACACGGUGCUCCCACGUUAUUUUAUACACAUCAAUUUUGUUGUGCUUCGAGUAGACCAUUUUGUAUUGGGUUCGGUUAUGUUCACAUCCCCUACCUUGACCUGCUUCACAAUGUGUAUAACAGUCUGUUCUUAAAUAAUGUAAAAAUGUUAGAGGAGAACUGUGGAAAUAAAAGUAUGUGAAAAGUCUUUCUACA